GAGCGCCUUUUCUCGCUCUGACAUCAUAAACUCACUCACCCCGAUUCCAUUUCUCGCUUCCCAUUCUCUCUGAGAGCGAGUGUGCAGGGUUUCUCGGAGUGUGAAAGGGGAGAGGAAAGAUGAAGGGCGCCAUGCUCAGAUCAGUCGGAGCCGCUCUGAGGAGGAGCUCCUCCGCGUACGCCACUCGAAGCUUCUCCUCCGCGAGCGGCCCCGAUCGAAAGGUGGCGGUCUUGGGUGCUGCAGGUGGCAUCGGCCAGCCCCUCGCGCUCCUGAUGAAGCUCAACCCCCUCGUCUCCAGCCUCGCUCUGUACGAUAUCGCCGGAACCCCUGGCGUGGCCGCCGAUGUUAGCCACAUCAAUUCCAGGGCUCAGGUGGCUGGGUACAUGGGCGAGGAUCAGCUAGGGCAAGCCUUGGAGGGUUCAGAUGUGGUCAUCAUCCCAGCCGGUGUUCCCCGCAAACCUGGCAUGACCCGCGACGAUCUCUUCAACAUUAACGCCGGCAUCGUCAAGUCCUUGUGCACAGCUAUCGCUAAAUACUGCCCUAACGCGCUCGUUAAUAUGAUAAGCAACCCGGUGAACUCCACUGUGCCAAUCGCUGCGGAGGUCUUCAAGAAGGCCGGAACUUAUGACGAGAAGAAGCUUUUUGGUGUGACCACGCUUGAUGUUGUGAGGGCGAAGACAUUCUAUGCUGGGAAAGCGAAGGUCCCUGUUGAGGAAGUUGAUGUCCCCGUAGUUGGUGGGCAUGCUGGAAUCACCAUACUUCCUCUCUUUUCUCAGGCAACACCCAAGUCAAAUGCUUUGUCAGAUGAGGAAAUCAAGGCUCUUACGAAACGAACACAGGACGGAGGAACCGAAGUUGUGGAAGCAAAGGCAGGAAAAGGAUCUGCGACAUUGUCUAUGGCUUAUGCUGGCGCCGUUUUUGCUAAUGCAUGCUUGAAAGGUCUUAACGGAGUCCCCGAUGUUGUAGAGUGCUCUUUUGUGCAGUCAAGCAUCACUGAGCUUCCGUUCUUUGCCUCCAAGGUACGGCUCGGAAAGAAUGGCGUGGAGGAAGUACUUGGGUUGGGAUCAUUGUCUGAUUACGAGAAAGAGGGCCUUGAAAGCCUCAAGCCUGAGCUGAAAGCCUCCAUUGAGAAGGGGAUCAAAUUCGCAAACAACUGAAGCCUCAAUCAGCUUUAGAACACAGUCCAGUUUUGCAUCUUGAUCAGAUGUUCGCCUCUUUCAUUUUCUGUUUUUCCUUUUUUCCUUUUCAUUGUUGUACUACCUUUUGGAUUGCGGGACUGCAAUUGUUUUCCAGAUAUGGAUAACUUGAGGCUUGGACUAGAGAACACACCCUAAUAAGCGGAACAGCGGCGGCAGCCUGAUGUAGGAAGUGCCAAUAAUUUUUCAUUCUUGGGGCUCAAGAGCCCCGUCUUUGUGA